AUGGAUACCUUGUUUAGGCUAGUAAGUUUUCAACAGCAACACCAUCAACCACAACCCGAUCCAUCCCUCAACUCCACCACCAGCAGAACUUCUAGCAGCUCCAGAUCCUCCCGGCAAAACUACUACUACUCCCACCAAGAAGACGAAGAAUGCUUCAACUUUUACAUGGAUGAAGAAGACCUAUCCUCGUCUUCUUCCAAACACUACUACCCAUACCACAACGUAUCCACCACCACCACCACCACAACCAACACCUUCAGCACCACCACCAACACCGAUUACUCUUACUCCUUCUCCCCCACCCCUCCCCUCCCCGACUUCAACUUCCAAUUCUCCCCCAACUGGUCCCACAACCUCCUCCUCGAAACCGCACGCGCCUUCGCCGACAACAAUAGCACGCGCCUCCAUCAGCUCCUCUGGAUGCUCAACGAACUAAGCUCCCCAUACGGCGACACCGAUCAAAAGCUCGCCGCGUAUUUCCUCCAAGCCCUGUUCAGUCGCGUCACCGACGCAGGAGACCGAACCUUCCGAACCUUAGCCUCGGCGUCGGAGAAAACAUGCUCCUUCGAGUCAACGAGGAAGACGGUGUUAAAAUUCCAAGAAGUCAGCCCCUGGACAACGUUCGGACACGUGGCGUCCAACGGCGCCAUCUUAGAAGCCUUAGAAGGAAACCCCAAAUUGCACAUACUUGACAUCAGCAACACCUAUUGCACCCAAUGGCCAACCCUUCUAGAAGCAUUGGCAACUCGAACCGACGAAACGCCGCACCUCAGGUUAACCACCGUCGUCACCGGGAGAACCGGUAACUCAGUGCAGCGCGUCAUGAAGGAAAUCGGAACAAGAAUGGAGAAGUUCGCGCGACUCAUGGGCGUUCCGUUCAAGUUCAAGGUCGUUCACCACGCUGGCGAUCUCUCUGACCUCAAUUUCUCCGAACUCAACAUCAAAGACGACGAGGCCCUCGCCAUCAACUGCGUAAACGCGCUGCAUUCGGUUUCCGCGGCUGGGAACGGCCGGGACGCGUUGAUAUCGUCGCUGCAAGGGUUGCAGCCGAGGAUCGUGACGGUGGUAGAGGAGGAGGCUGAUUUGGACGUGGGAAUCGAGGGCUACGAGUUCGUGAGAGGCUUCGAGGAGUGUUUGAGGUGGUUUAGGGUUUACUUCGAGGCGCUGGACGAGAGUUUCCUGAAGACGUGCAACGAGAGGCUGAUGCUGGAGCGCGCGGCUGGGAGGGCAGUGGUGGACCUGGUGGCGUGCUCUCCGGCAGAGUCUGUGGAGCGGCGAGAGACGGCGGUGCGAUGGGCGAUGCGGCUGCAUGGGGGAGGGCUAAGCGCUAUGCCGUUCAGCGAAGAGGUAUGCGACGACGUUAGAGCGCUGUUGAGAAGGUACAAGGAAGGUUGGUCUAUGACACCGUGCCCUGACGCCGGAAUAUUCCUUUCGUGGAAGGAAACGCCGGUGGUGUGGGCCAGUGCAUGGAGGCCGUAA